UGUAUUUACCCCAAUGGCGGUAGGAUCUGUUGGCGGAUUGUACGUGAACGUAAACGAGCCUGGAUCGCCAAUGCUGGAAACCAUCCAGACGAGUCAUUCGCCUGUGGAAAACCCCGGAAACCAACAACCAUGAUAAUACAACGGUUUCCAAGACGGGAAACCAAUUGUUCGGUGGGAGUUCCGUUCUGGCGGUCUCCACUUCUUGCCUGCCACACUGACAGUGCAAUCGAGAUCGUCGAGUCGCACGCUUCUCUGCAUGGCAUCCAGUGAAGUUGUGUACGUGAGUGUACGUGCAGCAAAUGGCGGGAGGAAGUUAUUUAGUGCACGAUUUUACAGAAUAAUAAUUCACCCCGCAAUUGUGUGCUUGGGAAAUGUUUGUGGAUGUGUGUGUGAGCACGUGGGUCGCGUCCUCUACUGUACAGUGCUUCCGUACAAAAAGAAAAGAGCGCUAGAGGAGCCGGAAAAAAAGUUUCAGGCAAGCUUAGGUACAACCAAGAUUCCUUAGUGUAGUAGAGAGUCCUCGCAUUACUCUACAAUAACUCCUACCGCGCGAUGGACCAUCGCAACGGCAAAAUAUCCUCUUCCAUUGAAAGUCGGCUAAAGCCCAUUGUGGAGUGAAAUGUGGAAGCAUUUUACCUUAUGUUUUGUGUGUGUGUGUGCCGGUGGGUCGUCGCAUAAAAAUAUUCGCAUACAUUACGCUUUAUGGGCGAUUUAUAACAUGAAGCUUCUCUGUCGCACAUCAACCGAAGGAAAGCGAAGAUGGUUGGUUCUCGUAGCCUUUAUUCCAAUCAUAUGUGUCCUCACGUGCGUGCUUGCGUGCAUGUAUCUAUGUAUCGGUGUAGGAGUUACGUGAGCGUUACUGCGUGUUCUCGUAAAGCAGAGCCGUUCGAUACUGACGCAACGAUAAAAGGCGUUAACGGAGUUUGCCUAAGAAUAUGCUACCUUUUCGUCUUGACAACUGUGUGUGCCUUGCAGCAGCCGGCACAAGAAAAGCACUCCUCAACCAAGCACGGAGAUUAACGUGUUGACAGUGACGAUAAUGAUGAUGUGAUGGGCGUCCGUGAAGCCUGAAUCGCGGUAACAUCGGCCGAAGGGGAGAGUCGUCGUAGUCGUAGUAGCAGUAGUAGGAUAAUAAUUAUGACGACGUUGACGAUGGUGCUGACGAUGCCGAUGCUGAUAAUCUGCGAUGUCUCAUAAUCAUAACACAGUUUACCGAAUUAAUUCCACCGUGACUGGAAAAAGGGGGUUGAGCGACCGAACUUCCGUCCUCGUGAUAGCGUAGAGUGUGAAGUGAUCCUUGUAUAUGUGUGUGUAUGUGUGUUCGUUGGAAAGGAAUCCAAAAUAUUCAGAUGAAACGACACCACCCCAACAACGAGAUAUUCUUCCUCUGCGCUUGAUUUCUACACAGAAGUUUAAAGAAAGUCCCCUGACGCAGGAGUUUUGCCGAACAAUGUCGGCGGAAUCCAACGCCCGUUAAGCCUUUGCUUUACGACUUAUGUUGCGGAUUGGAACCUCCGCCACUACGCCACUACGGCAGAUCGUUUGAUAAUCCUUUCGAUUGAGUGGUUUUCCUUCUGAUUUUCUUACCUUUCUUCCCGAAACACCGCAACCGAAAUGUUAUUCGCACGCGUCGUAUAUUCUCUCGAAAAGCUCGUUCUAAAUUGUGAUGAAUGAAGUGUUUCAUAGUUUAGUGUUGCCGGAGGUUUUUACCGCCGAAUCCUUCGCAGCGAUAGAGGGCAAAGGCCAUAAAAUGAAGCUUCCUGGGUGGUGAUCCUACGAGCCAUAAAAGCGUAAACGAGCCCAAACCCCAUCUUCGUUCGUGCGAGCUAAUGUUGAGAAGUGGAUUGUGUGAUUAUAGAGAAAUAAUGCUUCGCACGUCGAAAAUUUAAUAUCUUCCCGUCUUUUGGCUUGCGGCUGGAUUUGGUUCUCGGAUUAGGGGCAUUUUGUUGCUGUUUUCUUGACGCAUAAAAGUGCGUGCCAAUUGUGUGGAUGAGAGAAAAGGGGAAUAAAUUAUGGCGAACGGUUCCACAAAACAUCCCACACACAAACAAACGUAAAUACAAAGUACGGAAGGAAACAGCUGUUACCGAGUGCGUAUUUCAGGCUUUUGAGGUUUUCCAUGCUGCCUUACAACUUCUCAGUGUGACCCAGAUGAAAAUCUAUCGGAAAACAACAAGUACACUUCGGAACAGUUUUUCAUCAAUUCCAGUCAAGCUUUUAUCUAUGAUACUCAAGCCCACCUCCGUAGUCUCAUGCCUACAAAUAGUAAGCAAAGCAUGUUUAACCUGCAAAGCUUUCGUUCUCCGGAAAUUCUGGUCCAAAUACGUAACAACUUUUCUGUUGGUGAUUGCACUAAAAGAAGAACCGCAAUGACGAACCAAUGAAACAAACACACGAAGCUCCCCAUGGUAACGGAAAUAAGGGUUUCUACUUAUCCUUGACUGUCUUCUGGAAGGAUUGUCGGCAAACAGGGAUCCCAACCUCCAUGCGACUGAACUUUGGUUCAAAGGAUAAUUGAAGUAAUAUAGUUGAAGCAUUGGCGAAGAAUCUUCCGGCGAAAAAGGCGAAUGCUAGAAAUUAUACCAGAAUAUCCGAAUGAGCCUAGAAAGCGUUACGGGAACAAAACUUGAACUGGACUAUCGUAAUGAGUCACAAAUAAGAGAACCAACCAACUAGAAGAGAUGUAUGCUUCUCCACCAGAAGGAUCACAUGUCCAUGCAUUUCUUUUCCAAUGAGAGACAUUUUUGUGAAUGUAAAUUAUUCACAAGCCAAUGCACAUUGCUCACGGCUGCCACUUUAUCCGAAAAGGCCUUUUGGAGCUGGAACCGUCCUUCUACUAACGCCAAGGGAUGCUUUUAACCUUUUCCAUAGCAACCGUAACACUUAGCAAUCCGAUGCACCUGGAAGAUAAUCCGUACGCUCGUUGCUAGCUUGUUUCACAUUUUCCUUCCAUUUCCACGGCACAACCAUCGGAUAGCCGGAAGGGUUUUCCAUUGGUUUUUUGCUCCGUUUCUUUCGAUCUUUACUGUGGCAUGCUGUGAGCUUUGGAUGCUAUGAAGAUUGGCUACAUGGAGAUAACAUUGAUGUGUUCAUAUCUUGGUCGCUUUCGUGGUUGCUGACGUGAGCUUGGGAAAGUUAUUAUAUUUUUUACAUUUUUUUGAUUCUUAAAUAGGAACGUUUUGAGUGUGUUCUGUGCGUAUUUGGCGAGCUAAAAGUAACUAAAGUUAUGAUAGAAAGUAAUACAAUAUUUCGAUUGGUGCUAAAUGUAAAACGAUUGCGCUGAAGUGUUACACCAACGCAAAGUUGGUCUACAGUGCCAUUCAAAUCGCAUUAAGUCGCGUUUCUCCAACAACCACACCGUACCAACUCGCGGUCAUCACAAAAUGACCGAUAUUAAUCGCACCAAACAAAGCUAUCUGCACAAACACAACGGAAAGAUCGAUCCGCAAUCAGCGCAAACCCCAUCGGUGCUGCACUCGACGGGAUCGAACGCAAACGAACAUGGCCGUGCGGCCGGCAAUGGCGCUGCCACCGGUUCCAGCACGGGCGGUUCGUUGAAACGCAACAAUAGUCAUCAUCAGCGAUUGAAAAAAUCCAACACAAGCACUCUGGACCGAAGCUCUAAUGGCCCUGUGGAGUUCGGAGCGGAUGCAAGGCCGGUCGGCAGUAGCUUCGGCCAUCAUCAACAGCAACAACAGACCGGAACGACCUGUACGAGAUCCGGCGCCGGUUCCGGUCUUGCCAAGAGCUGGUCGAAAACCUCCAGCAGUAGCACCUCCCAGUCGACUUCCCAUGGCCCCGCGGAACAAACGCAGCACACUCUUGAAACAGGCAGCGGCGGUGGCCGACCUCCGGGGACAAAUUUAGCACCCACCAUCAAAACGGAAGCCUCGCUCAGUGACGAUUUUAAACGCUUCCACGCGCUCCGCAACAGCUACGGCGGCAAAUCCAAUUUAAAUGUAAAUAACACCGAUCACAUGAUAAAAUCGCAGGUCCUGCUUCACCAGCAGAAGCUGCGCGAGUACUCUCGACAACAUCCUACACAGCAACAGCAGCACCGUGACAACGAUACCUACUCAACCUGCUCAUCGUCCCAGUCCGACUACCAGCACCCUCAGCAACCGCAGCAGACGCAGCAACAUCAGCAAAACCAUCGCCACAAGCAUCACACUCACUAUCGCGUACAUCAGCAUCAACACCAUCAGCAGCAGCAGGCUCAACCCCACAAUGUCCAGCCGACUCAGUCCAUCUAUCCCAUCUCGGCCACGGUAGCCGCAAAGGCCACGUUGACGCGCGCCGGUGGUUUCGGUGGUGGUGGAGGUUCGAUAUUGAAUAAUGCCACCAGCAGCAGCCAUCAGGAUCCGGUCGGGAGUCGGAACAGCCUCAAACGAGGGCCGGGCGGAUUAAGCACCCUGUCACUGUGCAGCUGCGACGCGGAAACCGAGAUAAUACCGAAUCCAUUAAGGCCAUUAUAUCAGUACAGCCUGGACAGGAAAAAUCCUCGCCAGCACACCUACACGUGUGAGCAGAACGCACAGAUUUUGCUGCGGCUGGAAAAGGACCGUCAGAAGAAGUUCGGCUCCAUGGGCAAGUUGCACCUGGCCACAUCAACCGGUGACUUGAGCCUAGCGACCGCAGCGACGAUGCAACGACACUCCAGCAUAACCGGUGCAUCCGUGCCGACGUCAUCCGUUUCAACUCCAGCUCCAACGCCACCUUUACCUCAGCUAGCCCCAACUGCAGCCGGAAAAGUCACCGGAAACGCGUGCAAGGUAGCGGCCAACGUACUCUCGUUUGACUGCCAGCAUGGAUCGUAUCCGAGGAAUGAUAAUUAUGCCGAGGACGAUUCGUUCAGCGAAGACAUGAUACCUCCUCCGCCGCCUCCACUCAACAGGCGCCCCUCCUACGGAUACGGCUGUGUGGUGCAACCUGUUGCAUCCGGACCGGAACCGACACACGCGGACCAGCCGACGAUGUACGAGCCAUCGUCCCAGCCCUCAAUCCCCAAUCCCGCAAACGUCGGAAGCUACGGACGUGAAGUCGACGGCCUGAUCGGAACCAUGAAUCAGCCGGAUCUGUUCAACUUUGCCACCAACACAAACGGAUCGCUGAGUGGAACGCUAAAGUCAACACUCAAAUCCGCCAAAUCGUCGGCAAACGGUAAAACGACUUCCGGCUCAUUGGGCAUGACCGCCGACGGCAAGUCGAAACUGAACGACCCGCUUCCGGUCAUGAUGGUGGACCUGAUGAAUGGCAACACGGCCGCACCGCUUCCGACUGGGAAUGAUCCGCCCGGCACAACAAAGCCAUAUCCGCCUUACUACUUCGAUGAUAAUUAUCUCCAUCACCACUACUACUGCCGGAAUGGAGAAGAUCGGUUCGGAGAGACCGGAUCGGAUAUGCCGCUAAAAGAAGCGAUGGAUGCGGGGCAGCUUUAUCUCUACCAUCAACAUCACCACCACCAUCAUCCGGACUCGGUCACUGCCGGUUUCAUUCCGAACUACGAUGCACUUAAUCUUCCCGCCAAGUACAACACGAUCGGAGCGAACGGAGAUUUGCAACUGUCGGGGCACUUCUCUGGGUUGGGCGGUGAAGUAGUCGGUCACCAUGCCAGCUCCUGCAACAUCAAUCAGUACUCCGGGUCAGCAAAAACCAACCUCAUCGCAUCGCAUAACCAUCCCUUCUCCAACUCGAUCAGCAACUUCAACUUCAAUCCCUCGCAGUACUUCGGUUCGGGCCUGGAACCUGCUCCCGGCACUACCAUCAUUCCUGGUGGAGUGAUGGGAGGUGUGAUGGGUGGUGGUGAUGGGUUUCCUUCCAGCUGUAGCCUUAACGGGACACCCAAUAAGCAGCAACCACACCCGUGGAAACAUCGCCAAUGUCCGAGUCGUGGUUCGAGUAGUACCGGUUCCGGAUCAUCAAAAUGGGAUCUUCCUUCGAGACAGUGGCUUGCGGUGACCUCCAUACUGUUGAUUGCCGGAGCAGCCGGAGUGGCCGUCCCGCUCGCCCUCAAGGUUUCGUCCGGUGCGCCGCUCGAGGAACGGCUGCAGGUGGCUACGCAGCUGCUCGACACAGUGCCUUUAAUCGAUGGUCACAACGAUCUGCCGUGGAACAUACGGAAAUUCCUGCACAAUCAGCUGAACGAUUUUCGGUUUGACGAUGAUCUCAAGACGAUACUGCCCUGGUCGAAGAGUGCCUGGAGUCAUACGGAUUUGCAGCGGCUCAAACGUGGUCGCAUUUCUGCACAGUUUUGGGCCGCAUACGUACCCUGUGAGGCGCAGCACAAGGAUGCAGUGCAAAUCACUUUGGAACAGAUAGAUGUAAUUAAAAGACUGACAGAACGAUACUCUCCACAUCUGACUUCCUGCGCAUCGGUGCUCGAUAUCGUGCAAGCGCACAAAAACCGUCAAAUGUGUUCAUUAAUCGGUGUCGAGGGUGGCCACUCGCUCGGCGGUUCGCUCGGUGUCCUGCGCAUCUACUAUGCCCUCGGAGUGCGGUACAUGACCCUUACCUCCACCUGCCACACACCGUGGGCCGAUUCGAGCAAUGCGGAUGCACCGAAGUAUGACAUCCGACACGGUGGACUUACGGCUUACGGCAAGACGAUCGUGCGCGAAAUGAACCGGCUCGGCAUGAUAGUGGACCUAUCAAAGUCGUCCGUCGGCACGAUGAAGGAUGUGCUGGCGACCUCGCAGGCACCGGUCAUCUUUUCCCACUCGUCGGCCCACGCACUGUGCAACUCGAGCCGCAACGUACAGGACGAAGUGCUCGAGCUGGUGACGAAAAAUCGCGGCCUCGUGAUGGUCAACUUUUACAACAAGUUCCUGCGGUGCAGCGAUAACGCAUCGGUACAGGACGCCGUGGCACACAUAAAUCACAUUCGAAGAAUUGCUGGAAUCGACCACGUUGGAUUGGGUGCGGGCUACGAUGGAAUUAAUUUCACACCCCACGAUCUCGAGGACGUGUCGAGCUACCCGCGCCUGUUUGCCGAACUGCUCGGCGAUGGAUGGACGGUGGACGAGCUGGAAAAGUUGGCCGGCCGGAACUUGCUGCGCGUGUUCGAGGAGGUGGAAAAGGUGCGCGAAAAUCAGCGCCUUUCGGGGGUGCGGCCGUACGAGGAGAUUCCACCCGUGGUGAGGCCCGACGAACACGCGAACUGUUCGACCAACAGUUAAUGGGUCGAUCCCCAUCAACUGGAACCGAGUCCGGUGAAGGAAAAGGAUUCUCUACUCCAGAUACAAGCUUACAUAGAGUCUCAAUCGUGAAAAGCUCGUUGAAAUGCCUUUUACGAACGAUGGUAAAUUAAAAAUCAGAAGAUCAUCCCUGGUUCUCCAACGAUUGUUGGUCUCGUAGCACAAGGUAGAAACCCCGGUGAUAAGGAUGUGAUUAAGAAUAAUGCCAUCUACCUAUUAUUUGUUCAUUCGUGCUGGUAUUUCCGUUGUGUAAGGAAACCUGCAUCACCCCAAAAAACCCUUUACGUCUUUGCAGAGAUGUGUAAAUGAAAAAUGGAACGUUUAAUUAGCGGGCCUUCGUUUUAAGAAGACAAGCAUAGAGAAUCGUGUUCCGGCGCGGUGGAAGAAAACAGAAAUUAUAUUCACAUUAUCAUUCAUCCUGUAGGUGAUAAAAAAUGUCGGCAUUUAUUACGACGCCAUCUCCGUGUGGAAAAUGCGCCUCCAAUUCUCCCCCGCCACACUGUACACUAGUUCGCCCGAAGGCCUGGUGGUCUGCCAGUUGGCACCGCGGUAACGCUGCGGUAGCGAUUAAUAAGUAGCGGCGUAAAUGAGAAAUGGCUUAAAUUUGUGCAAGCGUGCAGGAAAAAUUAUUAUGCACCGGUGGUGACAGACGAUUCAGAUGGAGACGUAGCAGGAACAACAACAAAAAAAAAAAACACGGCAUCCAGCCAGUGCACGUUCUAUUCCCGUGGAAAGCGCAUUCGUUCACAUCCGGCUGGUGGGAAAUAGGCGAGAGUCCUGGGAGGCGAUUUACGCUGGAAAACUAAUUAAAACACCAACCCAAGGUGAUUAAGCAUGGGCUGAUCAGCAAGCAUCAGACAGCAUACAGGUAUUAUUACGCGGGAUCUAUAGGUGGCCACGGGUUUCGGUGUGGUUUCAUGUUUUCGUGUGUGUAAAUGAGCUGUUGAAAUUGAAUCGAUUGCAUUCAAAACGGCAAAUGCGUAGCCUUCAACUGAUUUGGACCCUUCCCGGGAAACACUCAGCGCUGAGUUUAAAUGAAUUUGGAGCUAAUUUUGCAUUGGCUCAAUAACAAAGAGCUUUAAGGUUAAAAUGUGCUUGUCCGGAGUGAAAGGUGCACUUGUAAAAAGGAAGGUUAUAAAACACCAACAACACGUGUUCGACUCAUCACAUGCACCUGCUGCUACUGCUGCUGCACAUUGCGAUGCGAUAGAAGGAAGAAAAAAUCCGACACAAAUCUCCCCCGUGCGAGAUGAUGAAGUAUGCAGAAAAAACUCAACUGCUGCCCCAACUACAACUCCAACAAUAAAAGUCUCCUUCGUAACCCAACUCCGGAUGAGCACGGUAAAAAGGAGCCAACAGUUACCCCCCCCCCCCUCCCCCUUUUUUCCACUUAUCCUCGUACAAGAAGCUUCCGUUUUGAUGUUGUUGCUUACUCACGGGCUGUAAAAUGUACAAACUGGGAAAAAUGGGUUUAAUUAAAAUACAAACGACUUGCAUGGAGCGCGCUUGUCCCGAAUGCGUACAUACUGCCCUUUGGAUGGACGGUCACUCGCUCGGUCAUCUACAUUGUAACAAGCGUUUGAAUUUCUAGACUUCCCAGACAAACGAUGAUUUCCCAGGGCUCUGAAUGCUUAAGCCUGAUGACGACGACAACGGCAACGGGCUCUCAUACGUGUGAGAUGAGAGUGUGCUGGCCGUUCCUUCGGGCUAAAUAAAAAGAACAUCGUGACUAUAUGGGUGUAGUGAUGAAAAUAGCACGCCUGUAAGACACUGAGGCGAGUAAAGGCUGCAAACCGCUGUCAAGCGAAAGGUGGACAAGCGUGCAGUAGUACAACGAUGAUUGUAUUCUGGCCAUAGACGGACGAGAAUUAAAUUAAGCUUCAUUUCACUCGCACCCCAAAGAAAAAAAAAAAGGUCUAUCAAAGCUCCAUCAAAACCAAGUAAUCCAAGGGUAUGCUGGACGGCUGACAAGCUGAAACCACCAAAAUGGUGGCAGCCUCAGGUUGAUCUCUCUUCCGCACAGCGAGCGGGAAGCGCAGCACAGCAACAUUGGAUUAAGUUAUGAUUAGUAAUUGCAUAAUUAAUGAGAUUAAUUUGAAUUAAAAGCGUUCUGGACUUGCGGAACGAAAAAUGUACGCCAGCAGAUGAUUCUUUUCCGUUGACAUCGGGUUCUUUUUGCUUCUACACAAAAAGUUUGAAGCGGAUUUAUGCUAGUCAGAGCUUUAAUGAGUAAAAAGGGUCAUCAAAUUUGAUUGCCUUUUUAUUUGUACCUUCUCGUCAGUGUCGGAAAAUUAAGACAAAUUCCACAGCUCGUAAAGAAUUGCGAUUGAUCGCUAUGAGUUCUGCUAGAUGACGCCACUAUUGCCUCUUUGUAGUCUUAACGGACAAUUUUUCAUCAUUACCAGUUUAAUUAUCAAUUUGAUUGUUCGGGAAAAAAGAAAAGCGAUCCAUUCUUUCGAAAACGGUGACAAAAUCCAAUCAAGCUCACAUUUUUUUCAACUUCAAUUACUUACGAAAUUUCAUUACGGUCCAAUUUAAUUGACCUCACGUUUGUUUUGCGAUUCGACUUCAACAAAUUUGCUACCGCCAACCGACAAGAAUUCCUUUUGGGGACUAAUCCGCAAAUCGUGUUCCCGUUGUAAGGGACGAUUCUACGGUUCGACCAAAUGUGUCCUUAGUCCAUACAACAACAACAACAAAACAUGGGACAAUAAAUUAGUUUAAUUGAAAAUAAUCGUCUAAGCUUUGUUCGUGGAAAAUAGAAACUUGCCGAUGGUGCGCUGGAUGCUGGGAGUACAAGAUCGGAAAAGCGAUUGUUUUCCUUCUCUUCAUCGAGAUAUUACAAAACAACCUCCCAGGAGAUCCUUGAAGAGUCGGUGGUGUUACGCUUUAGUGAUGGUCAAACUCAACCCAACUCAGGAAUCGGUUCCUUAUGGUUUGUAGUUUGAUGUCAACCAAACCUAACGAUAACCCAACCCAACGAUACUGGACGAAGUUUGCAUACCCGCAACAUGAAUCCUUCCUGUGUACUUCUCUAUUGCGGUUCUCCUCUACAAUGAACCAGUUCAUCAUCAUCAUCGAGAGCAUGUGAAGUGGAAAACUAUUCCUUGCUCUCUCUGUCCCUCUUUCUCUCACACAUUUGAUUGGACGGCAAACUAACGUGACCGAAGCAGGAUACUGUGUCCCCAGUGUCCUAGGGUACAGCAGCAAACUUUCCACGCUGCUUGUUUGGUGUUAUUUUAUUUCAUGGCUCUAUAUGGCUUUUAUGGCUUUCGGUUAGAGCAUAAGUGUCUGUGUCGUGAUCAAAUGAAUUAAAUUUGUUCACUUAGUAAGAAGCGAAUUCCUACCCUGGCUCACUUGUCACAUCCGUGAGAUGCGUGUGAGAACGAGCGAAUAAUUAAAAAAGUUUUCUUCAUCGCUACACACGUGUCGGUAGAGCCAUGGCUUUGAUAUCCUGUUGUAGAAAUAGUUAUUUGAAUGCAAUAGUCCUAUCACUCUCUCGGUAAAGUACGAGCUGGAAAAGCUCGCAUACUUGAACAUAAAUCAAGCACAUUUGUUUGUGGCUUAUUGGGCCCUUAUCGAACGAUGAUGUUAUUCCCCGGGGGGUUAACUCUCUAACGAAUGGAAUUUUUAUUUCACCGAAAACAAGCUUUUCACAAUGAUAAUACUACCAAUCAUUCAAUAUUGGUUUGGUUCUUGAAAAGUCCCCCAUUAUGCUCUUUUCCCAGGAAUUUAGUUAAAAUACUCAAUUAAAUUUGUUCACUUAGUAAGAAGCAAAUUCGUACCCUGGCUCACUUGUCACAUCCGUGAGAUGCGUGUGAGAACGAGCGAAUAAUUAAAAAAGUUUUCUUCAUCGCUACACACGUGUCGGUAGAGCCAUGGCUUUGAUAUCCUGUUGUAGAAAUAGUUAUUUGAAUGCAAUAGUCCUAUCACUCUCUCGGUAAAGUACGAGCUGGAAAAGCUCGCAUACUUGAACAUAAAUCAAGCACAUUUGUUUGUGGCUUAUUGGGCCCUUAUCGAACGAUGAUGUUAUUCCCCGGGGGGUUAACUCUCUAACGAAUGGAAUUUUUAUUUCACCGAAAACAAGCUUUUCACAAUGAUAAUACUACCAAUCAUUCAAUAUUGGUUUGGUUCUUGAAAAGUCCCCCAUUAUGCUCUUUUCCCAGGAAUUUAGUUAAAAUACUCAAUUAAAUUUGUUCACUUAGUAAGAAGCAAAUUCCUACCCUGGCUCACUUGUCACAUCCGUGAGAUGCGUGUGAGAACGAGCGAAUAAUUAAAAAAGUUUUCUUCAUCGCUACACACGUGUCGGUAGAGCCAUGGCUUUGAUAUCCUGUUGUAGAAAUAGUUAUUUGAAUGCAAUAGUCCUAUCACUCUCUCGGUAAAGUACGAGCUGGAAAAGCUCGCAUACUUGAACAUAAAUCAAGCACAUUUGUUUGUGGCUUAUUGGGCCCUUAUCGAACGAUGAUGUUAUUCCCCGGGGGGUUAACUCUCUAACGAAUGGAAUUUUUAUUUCACCGAAAACAAGCUUUUCACAAUGAUAAUACUACCAAUCAUUCAAUAUUGGUUUGGUUCUUGAAAAGUCCCCCAUUAUGCUCUUUUCCCAGGAAUUUAGUUAAAAUACUCAACAUUGAAAUAAUACUUCUGAUUUUACUCUUCAUUUUAUUUUGCCCCUAUUCAAAUCAUCCUACCGCUAGAUUCGAUUUGCUCGCGUUCUGAUUUUUCUAUAAAUAUUGUUCGACCGCAGGGCAAUCUCAAUUUAAACAAUCGUCCCUACUUAAACAAACCAGACUCGCGAGGCUCACGACGACGAGCGAAUGCCGCACAUGUUUGGUCCGGUCACGUGGAUAAAUAAAAUUCACCAAACCGAACCGAUCGCAAUCGUCCUCAGAAGCUACGCGAUUUCAUUUUUGUGUUGCUUCAAAAGCAAUAUUGCUCGAAAGGUUAACUCAUCCACUCGACAUGAACUUGGCUGAGUCCCCAAAGGGCUAAAAAGCACAUUCUGUUGUGCGAUACUUUUCUUUUUCUGGUGUGGGAGAAAAACGAAGCCAAAUCGAACGCCUCAAAUGAACCGAGGUACGCGAAUCGAUAGCCAAAGGGACGCUUAAAAGCGAUGAACUUUGGGAGCACUCGGAGGGAAAACUGUCACAACACGAUCGUAACAAUUGAGUUAAUAUUUAUGAUUUUUACGGUUAGUUGAACCAGCCCGAAGGUUGGCAGUGGAUACUGAACGACGAAAGGCACACCUGAAGAACGUGCUCUGAUGCUUGACCUACCUCCGAGUGGAAUCUAUCUACCAAGCAUACUUUCGACAUUCAUUGGAGCGCGAUUGGAGAAAAUAAAUAAAGCCAACGCUGGAAGCUUUAAGCACAUUCCCGGCGGCUAGCGUUCUGAUUCUGAUUCGUUCGUUUCGUUGGUCUGAGAACGCAACAGGUGUGCUCCGGUCACAAGGUUUUUCCGAAAAAAUCUGAGUAUUAAAAAAAACUUAGCCCCUUAUCUUUGAGCCGGCGCGAAAGCAUUCUUGGCACCCGAAACGGCGUGUGGACAAUGGGCGAGUUUCGAAGGGGUGGACAGUUAGUUUUUAUCGUCUUACAUUCGGUGCGUCCUUUAGUGCGACAGUAAGCUAUCCGAAUACGAAAGAAUUUGAUAAAAAAGGGAUUGAAAAAUCCGAGCGAAAAUGAGCAUCAUAAAUGGAUAGAAUGCAUGGGACAGAAUCAUUAGGGACAAAUGAAAGGUGAAGCUUAUUUUUUAUCGCUUGAUGGGGUUUUUUCCCUCUAUUCUUUCCUAUUAAAAAUAUCAUUUUUCUGACAACAAUCAAUAAGAGGUGAAUGAGCUUUUAAAGAGGGGUUUCCUUCAUCGGAUGGAGCAUCGCGCGAUGGGAAAUUAUCUCAAUUUUCCCACACGUGGGAACCAAUUUUCAACACUAUGGUGGUAUGUGGGCACCACACAGCACUCAGCAGACUGCGUUGUGGGAGGAGGUUAUAAUUCAAUCAAACGGAGACAUCAUUUUAAACGAGUCUUUAAGGGUUGGGCACUGGGCGUUUUCGUGAGGGUGCACGUUCAUGUAAUAGGUGUAAUUGGACGGAACCGAUCUCUCGUCAUCAGGUGGGUUUUGUAUCGAACGUUGACGAGCACUUUGCACCAGCCAUUGUGUACCACGGACUACCUAUCUUUAUUCUGCGCGAUGGAACACUACUCACACACGUGUUAAAGUGUGAGUGAACUACAAGGUUGCUACUAGUUCUUUUGGAUACUAAAUAACUAAAAUGUACUACUAAAAUGUAAAUUUGGAAAUAUUUCCUCGUACAAACAACAUAAUCAGCAUUUAAAAAAUGUGUUUACCGAGAGCUUAAUCAGCUCAUUGAAUGGGAAAUUGACCCGCGCGUUAUUGGGGUGUAAUUUAAAAUCACAUAAUGGAGGUGCCUGGUGGUUGACCACAACAGCUCGAAAAAGCUACUUUGCACGUGUCGAAUGUAGUUGAAUUUUGACUGAAAAUAAAAGCCCCCAUCAAUACACACUCCCGAAACCAAUAACAACCGGUGGCGAGAGGGAUAAGGCUUUCGUUGAAAAAAAAAUCCAAUACGAUCGAACCGAUGAUAUUUGCAACACAAACAAAUCGGAUUGCUCUCUGCCUUUCGAAUGGGGAGAACAUGGUGAGUGUGGAAGCAAACAGAACAGAAAGGGUUAAUGAAAACGGCCCCAGUAAGCCUGGAGGGCUUCGAAGGACAGCCAUCGCCCUCCCGUAGGGUAGGGGGGUAGGUGAAAUCAUACAUUCAAUUAUAACUUUACGCCUUACGCCAGACCGUUAAUUCAACGGUUCGAACCUCCGAGCCUCGAGAAUGUUUGUGGAAAAGCUUAUCCAGCUCACACACAAACACACAAACAUGUGGAAAAAUAUGGAAUGUGGAAUAUGGAAUGGGAAAACCGUCGAAAGCUUUAGUUUAAUUUCAUUGUUGCAUUGGUUGCGCCACGGCCAGCAGCCCACGAGGAAAUCAAAAUGCAUCCCAACUUUUGCCCCUCUGUUGGUGUUUACUCACAAGCAAUGCUUGCAAACGGACGGACUCGAGCAUAUCGAGGUGUACGUACCGCUGGUGGAAAAUUUAUUAUCAAUUUGUUUGCUACGCUCGCUCGUACUCGAACUCGCACAAUGUUGUUGUGUGGACAAUGGUGUGCCUCCCAAAAAAGGGUCACUCGCUGGAUGAGUUGUAGGGUGCGAAAACUCUUCUACGUCCCGAACGCUCAUUAACAUGCAGCAAUGUGGGCAAAUGGAGCUUCCGAGAUUCGGAACCAAGCAGCAUAACAACAACUCUUCAAUUAUCCCGCCUCAUGCCUGCGCGCUUUUGUGGUGCAAACGAUAUGAUGAAAACUGGGCGAAAGCUUUUGCUGUUUUCGUUGAAUUUUGCACAAAAUGCAAACAUACUAAAAUGAGGAUUCUCCUGGAAAAGCCUCAACUUUUAUGAAAUCAGUUCGAUUACUGAAUUUAGCUCAUUAUCAAAAACUGAAGCUGGAGAAAAUUAAUCAAUCAACCUUCCAGUGCUGUUAAUUUAACGCAUUAACUGGAUCAUUUGGUAUGCUGCAUUAUCAGUCCUGAAUCGACGCCCGAAUCAAAUUAGAGUUGGGGUUAAACUAGCAAACAGAAAUCUGCACUGAAUGCAGUUGCAGUUUUCUAAAGUACUACCUUAAUUAGCACUUUUUCCACGCCACCACCAAAUUCGCAACCAAAUCGCCAUGCGCCAAUGGACAGUAAAUAAUGCGUCCGAAAUUAGUCGCGUUUGAUGAUUGGCUUGUAAUUUCAUGAACUCACAAAAGAGCCGGAUGUGACCGGUUUUUGUGCUGCCGCACCACGGGUAAUGUGUAUAAUGCUAUAAAAAUGCAAAAAAAGUAAAAAAAAAAACACUCUCGUAACAAUAGGACCAAUUAAAUGUUAUUUACGGAGGUAACGUGUGCGAGCAAACACGAGCGAAGAAAUUACCAAUAAUUAAAAUAUACAAAAAAAAAGGAAACCGAGCGACGGAACAAUAACCACACAACAGAAGGAGACAUAAAAAUGGCGUACGUGAAAAUCAACCCGUUAAGUAGUGUGAAAUGUCCCGGUUGGUUAUGGAGCACAGCACGCACGGUUAAUUAGAGGACGAGCGCAAAAAAGGCCGACGAAAACAAGCGCCACGCACGCGUUUACCGUUUCACUUGUUCAGUUUGUGGCCAAAAGGAAAAAACUAAAUGUAUCAUUCGAGGAAAAGCAAUGAAAAUGAGACAGAGCGAAUGUGCAACAAGAAAUGCAUUCGGUGAAAAAUAGAAGCAAGAGAAGGCCUCGAAACACGUGUGUACAUUAUAAACAUAUCAGCAACACCCGUACAGAGUAAGGACAACUCUGGAAAAACGCAUAUAACGCAACGAGCGCAAACAAUUCAAUUCGAUACACGAUACACGGAACCGAGAUGCGCGCGUGUGCGGGUUUAAAGGUUUGGAAAAUUCAACAAAAAACGGAAACAAAGAAAAGAGGAAAAUGGCUCGCAAAACAAACUAGCAAAUCAAAGAAUGUGUGUCGGUGACUGGGGACAUAUUUUGCCAGCUGGUUUGUUUGUUGG